UCUCCAUUACUCUAUUCCAGUGUCGUUGGCCGCUAGCGCGGACCUCCGGGAGAUCAUCGGGCGACCACUGAAAUUGGUGGUCGUGGCGAGCGAAUUCGGCACCGACUCUUGGCUUAAUCGGACCGGUGACGGUCCGCAAAUCGCCACUGCGUUCCCCUCUCGCGAGCUCUCUGUCAUGGAAUUGGGGCCGGACGCCGGCGAUGACGGCUACCUGGUUCAGUCAUGACGAUCGCAUGUUUCCUUCUCCUGAUUCUAUUCCCGCAAGCAUGCGGCCAGCAAGGAACUUUCAUUUUGAAUAUCGCAACCAAUGAACUUUUGCAAUUAGCAAAUUCUAGGUCUGUUCCUAAGCUUUAUCUUCUCUCUUCUUGCCACUUUGUAGAUGAUGUGAGAAUGGAUUUUUCAAUAGUGGUUGUAGUGGAAAAGGUUAGAAAUGAACUUCUGUUGUGGAAUCAAGGAAACAAAAUUUUUCAGAAUUGGUCUGGUGACCCAUGCUCUCCCUCUCCAUGGGAAGGUUUUACUUGUCAAAUGUUAAACCAUACAUUUACUAUAACACACCUGAAUCUCUCAUCAAAUAAUUUGCAAGGGUCAAUUCCUACAUCCAUUGGUGACCUAUCAGAGCUAAGAGAGCUGUAUUUGGAGGAUAAUAACUUUACAGGGUCUGUUCCAGAAUCUUUCUUGUCACUUCACCAUUUGUCAAACCUGUCCAUAAAGUGCAACCCACACUUAGACAGUCAACUCCCUCCUGGUUUGUCAAGAAGGAAUCUUACCGUAAGUUCCGGAAACUGUCUCAGGAAAAAUGCUUCUGAAACAAGUUCUUCUCAACGAAGAAUUUAUCUGCUAGGAGCUGGAGGGUCUCUUACUUUCAGUCUUGCAUUUGCUAUUUGUUUCAACUGUUUCUACAAACGUGCCAAUCACUCUGAUAGAAGAGAUCACCUGGACAUUAAGAGGUUUCUAAUAUGGUUCAUCUUACCGGUCCGUACUGGUGUACCGAUCGGCCAUCGGUACGAUAUGUAUCGAUCCAUACCGAUAUACAGACAUAUGGUACAGUGGGGCAUACCGAUAGACCGAUAUGUACCACCCAUACCGGUCCUCUGUCAGACUGAUAUAGUUUUCUCAGAAUCAAGUGUUGAUGAUGUUUCAACAAACCUGGUAGUGCAUCAGUUUUCUCUUAAAUAUAUCGAAAGUGCCACAUGCAACUAUAAAACCUUGAUUGGAGAGGGUGGAUUUGGAACUGUUUACCGUGGUAUUCUCCCUCAUGGUCAAGAAGUGGCUGUAAAGGUUCGAUCAGCUACAUCAACUCAGGGAACCCGUGAAUUUAAUAAUGAGGUGAACCUUCUUUCAACUAUCAUGCAUGAAAAUUUGGUGCCGCUUCUUGGCUACUGCUCUGAAAAUGAUCAACAAAUACUUGUCUACCCCUUCAUGUCAAAUGGUUCUUUACAAGAUCGACUAUAUGGGGCAUCAGCAAAGAGGAAGAUUCUCGAUUGGCCAGCUAGGCUUUCUAUUGUGCUUGGUGCUGCUAGAGGUUUAAUGUAUUUACACACUUUUUUUGAGCGAUGCAUCAUUCAUAGAGAUGUGAAGUCCAGCAACAUUCUUUUGGACCAUAGCAUGUGCGGUAAAGUGGCAGACUUAGGUUUCUCUAAAUUUGCACCACAAGAGGAAGAUAGUGGAGCUUCACUGGAAGUAAGAGGAACUGCUGGAUAUUUGGACCCAGAAUAUUACUCAACCCAGCAGUUAUCAUCUAAAAGUGACGUCUUUAGUUUUGGGGUGGUUCUUCUAGAGAUUGUUACUGGAAGGGAGCCCCUGAACAUUCACAGGCCAAGAAGCGAAUGGAGCUUAGUUGAAUGGGCAAAACCAUAUAUUAGAGAAUCAAGGAUUGAAGAAAUUGUUGAUCCUAGUAUAAAAGGACAGUACCAUCCGGAGGCGAUGUGGCGGGUGGUUGAGACUGCAUCAUGUUGUGUUGAGCCCAUCGGAAGCUACCGGCCGAAUAUGGUGGAUGUCGUCCGUGAACUGGAGGAUGCCCUGAUAAUUGAGAACAAUGCAUCAGAGUACAUGAGGUCUAUUGAAAGCAUGGGAGGAUCCAACCGCUACUUGUCACUCGAGAAAAAGAUCAUAAUACCAAGCGCAGAACCAACUGGACCCUAAUCAAGUUUUUAGCCAAGCAGUUGAAGCUACACUUCCAAAAUAAUUCUGCAUGGAUGGUAAGAAAACAAAUGAACGUAAGGUCCCUCGUUCAUCCUAAAUUCGAUAAAAGAACAGUUGUUCUAUGGCCUAUACUUCAGGAACAAGAUCGGUAAGUUGACAUCCUCAUGUUGUUGCCCAUUGAAUGUAUAAAGCAUCAUCUUAAUUUUUCCUUUGACACUAUUGCUCCAGCCACCUCACAAUAAUUUCUGUGUAUGUUGGUACAAAUUGAACUAAAUGCCUUCUUCUAGGGGUGGACUUGAUUCA